UUUGAAAUUGUUCAUAGCAAUUUCUUUGAAUGGUAUGCUGAGAGAAGAUUAUUUUUCUUCAUAUGAACGUGAAGGUAUGACAAAAGAUGUGCGCUAUCGACAUGGACAACGGAUGUGAAUUAAGUCUCUUCUUGAUUGGUGUUGUUGAAAAUCGUAAUUUCGCUGACAAUAAAUCUAUCACAACUUGUUUUAAUGGAAUAAGAAUAUAAAAAGUGACGAUCCAGAAGUUUAUUUUUUUCCGCUGCGCACCCGGUGUCAGGAACGAUCGGACGACUGUUUAACCUCGUUGCGAUAUCCGAGAGUCGAAACUCGGCGAAAUAAUGAUACUUGGAAGUGUUCUCUUGACGGCCACUCGAGCAUAAUAUGAACCGAUCGGAUGGCGAUAAAGUAUUGAGCAACGAAAGGAAAAAAAGCGCCAGCAAGAAAAAAUAUUCACAAACCAAAAAUGCUCCAGAUUCACGGUUAUCCACAACCGGAAGUGGCGGAUUGCAUUCGUUCUUCCGAUGGUUUCGUAAAGACGACAUCAACCAGCACACAGAUUCAGAGAUUGAUCUCCCAAAGGACGGUGAAGCACAGCAACAAUACAACCGAGCCAGUGGAGACGUAACUAAGCCGCAAUCGCAGUGUACUACUUCGAGUGAAAGUUCCUCGGAUGAGGUGAGCCAAAGCCUAGAUAAUGGAGCGCAUAGUUUAUCGCUGAGUCCUAGUCCUGUUAUAGACUGUAAUAAUUUAUCCAAGAGCUCGAGUUGUGAUAGUAUCUUAAGCACAGCUACAAACGGCUUCGCGUUUGUGCCUCCGAAUUGCUACGAAGCCGUCGGAAAUUGGCAAAAAGCUGAACGCGUAAUCAAUCCAGGUCCCUAUACUGAUAGUUACAAGCGUCGCGUACGGCAGCGAGAUCGUACACGAGAGUUGGACAAGAAAUACGAACUCACGCUCCGAAAAAAGUAUAACAUCUUUUCCAGUUUGCGAGAAAAUGUGUUAACUCAUGAAAAAGACCUUACACUUACUAGGGACAAUCAAAAGUCUGCCUAUGUUGAUUUAAGUUUGCCCAACGCCGCUAAGGCAGUUUCUAACAAGUCUUGUACUAGCGGAAAGGAAGAGAGCACAGUCAAGAAGCAUAGAAGAACGGUAAGUGACAGCUCUAAGGAUAGGAAAGCCGGUGCCUAUGUACAUGUUAAAGGUAAAAGACGAGCGCCACCACCACCGCCACUCAUUCUCGACAGCAAUGAAGGAUAUCCCGAAAACCACACAAUAGACAGAACACUGACAAAUUCUUCAUAUGGCACACUGUCUCCUGGAUCUACAUUGUCGCGGAAAAAACGACCCGCGCCACCGCCACCACUAUUGCCAGCAUCUCCGACCUUAGGUGAAGCCAUUUCUGAUACCAGUCUCCUUGAAGAUAAGGAAAUAAAAGCUAUUAUUGAAGGAACACCUAUAUCAGUUACACCAGAACUUACGAUGUCGCUUAGAACGACACCAUUGCCAGGGAUUUCGGAAGAGAGAACACCUGGCGGAUUGACGGAGGAACAAAAGCAGCAGCUUAUCGACAAUAUUCGUAAGGUUCAAGCCCCACUGGAGAGAGAUCCUCCUACCCCAACGAAUAAUCCAUCGUCACCCUUCAUGUUGACAAACAGCGAUGUUAUGAAACUAGAGGAGAAUUUUAUAAACACGAAUGGAACAAGGUCGCCUAUUCAUGAUUAUUUGUAUGUAGAAGCAGUGACUAGCAGUACUAAACCGGGUAUUCCUACAUCUCCCAUAUCUCCGAGGCCCUGGUACAAACGACCAAUUUCAGGAACGAAACAUCAAGAGAGCUCGUUGCCUUUUAAGAAAGACAUUAUUCUGAAGACUAUAGAUAAAAGAAAAGGCAAGAAUAAAGAAAAGGAAGAUCUACCGGAAGUGGGCUAUUGUAGAAAUUCGCUAAUAGACAGUGGAACCACGGGUAGUAGUGGUAGUGGGGCCAAAUUCAAUUUGUUUGCCAAAAUGACGGAAAAAUCGGAUGACACAAAACGUCGAGAGAAGGACAACGAGAAACGUAAAUCGGGCAUCGGUAUUCCAAACAUAAGUGAGCUCGAUCGUGAAGCAGCGGAAAUUAUAAACAAGGAACAUGCGUUGAAACGGGAAAAUGACAGGGAGAUCUACUUUUCUGCUCCCGAGCAACUGGUGAAGAGGACACAAUCCUUUGCGGUGAAACCGACGGAAAACACUAUCGACAAACCGAAGUCAACCAAAGAAUUAAUAUCUAAGUUUGAGGCAAACUCUUCGAAUAUCACAAAGUUUACUGUUAACGCUUCAUUUGUUCCCAAAAAAGAAUAUUUCGGAGUAGAACAAAAAGCCAUCAAGACGCCAUCUACUUCAAGCAGUACUGCUACAAAAGAAUCCACACCACCAGAGGAGGUCACGCAGACUCCGGGCGAUAAAAAUCUACUCGGAGUAUGGCCAUGCCCUUAUUGCACCCUGGAAAACCCCAACUGGAGAAUAAUUUGCGAAGCUUGCGAACGUAUAAAACCUUACGAUAAACUCAGCAUCUUAGAGGAACCACCGCUGAGGCCAAAUCAUCCACUCAAAAAGCCUAUCCCCGAACCGAAGUCGCCGCAACAACAACACCAGCAACCCAAUGCUGGUGAGUGGGACAAAAAGACUGAACGGGUGAUGAAGUACUUUAUGCCCAAAACGAACCCUAGUGUAAGUAACAACUCACUCAGUGAACUUGAGGUGCCAAAGAAAUCGUUCGGACAAUCAAAAAUGCUUUCAUCGCCCAAAAUGGGCGUUAAAAGUUUGAUGAAUCGAGUUUCACCCGACAAACUGUAUAGCAUAAAAAACUUUAACCCAAAUGCCGAAGCCUACAGCACCAAUAAAUUUGAUGAUGAAAAACUCAAGGAGAAUGCGGUGAGCCCUGCGCGAGUUGUGUCUGAAAGUGUAGUAAACAAGAGUGGUUAUGUGCAUGUGAAUUUAGAUGAAGUGAGAAACGCUAGAAUAGCUAAAUUCAGUACGAAUAUCGAAGGUUACCGAAAUGAAAACUCAGAAACGCAGAAAAGCGCCGACCAGCCAGAACAUGUCCAGGAUAUGGAUGAGGAGUCUUUGGAAAAAGAAAAAGAACGUUUACGCGAAAUGAUACGGGCUAUGAACGCAAAGGCUUUAGCUGAUAAGUAUCCUGUUCUUCAGAAACCCCCAGCGAAUAGUAAAUCACCUUUAGUACAGCGUAAGAAUGGGUUCGUUUCCGCAAUUCCUGUAAGUGCUAAAAGCCCUAGUCCGUUACGCACAAUGAGUCCCAAGAUGGUUCGUAAACCACCCAUCGAAGAGCACGCUGCCAUUGUAGCGGAACCAUAUAAAUUGGGAGCAAUUAAAAAAUCCUUCAUUCGGAAACCUGAAGACAUAAAACCAAUCAACACAUCGACGGAAUCCAAAAUUAUAAACCAAGAAUGGGAGGGUGUGCCAAAGGAACCGAAGGCUAGCACUUCGGUUAUACCCGAGACAGUGACCGAAUUGAACGAGUCGAAGUUGGUUCUAACCAACGAUGUACACAAGCUGCGUUAUGAAGCGAUGGACGAAAGCCAAUUCGAAGCACUGAGCGUCGAGCAAAAAGAAUCCCAACUCUCAAACCGACAAAAAGAAACGGUUCGUCAAAUAUCCAAUCAGUUGCGUUCGGUGCAAGGUGUGGAGAACUUCCGGAAUACACUAAAACACACGAGCAUAUCGAUGAACAGAACGAAUACGCUGGCGAUCAAUAAGCUGCUAAGGAAUCUGGAGAAUGCGAUUGGUGAUGGCGCGCAUGAUCAAGCAGCCAAACUGGCGAUGGAUCUUGCCAAAAUGAAAGUAUCUCUCUCGGUAACCCGGCAAAGUCCUGCAAGGUCGAACUCUGGAUCCGCCAGUAGCCUCACCGAUAUAAGUAUUAUUAUAUUUGUAAAAGAUAAAAUAAGUCGAAAAGGUCCUCUCAAAAUCAACAUAUCAAUAAAUGCGACGACCGCUCAGCUGAAGGCAAAAGUAAAUAAAGAAUUCGGUAUACCUAUUCACAUCCAACGAUGGAUUUUAAACGGCAGAGAGUUGUUAGACGAGCAGAAGAUGAUUUCAGACUAUGGAAUCCAUGACAGCGAUCAAAUUUUGAAUUUGUAUAUCGUUGAUGUUCCCACGCAAAGCGAAGAACAUAAGACGAAGAAAAGGCAAUCACAUUCUGGCCCGAAUGAAACCAAAACGUUGACCUUGUCUGAUUCAGAUGGUGAAUGUUCCGACAAUCAGAAUGAUCUACGAGGUGAAGAUGAAUCUAAUCUCGGAGCAACCGCACUUCCAACAAUAGCUGAAGACAAAGGUCCCCAAAAUGACAUCGAAGAAGGAUGGAGUUGUCCACUGUGCACACUGAUCAAUCCCCCGAAUCGGCCCGGUUGUGGAGCAUGUUCCGAAGCUAGGCCCUCUUCAUAUGUGGUUCUUGCCCGAUACCGCUCAGCGGACGAUAAUUUUAUUCCUCAGGCUGUCGAACAAUUGAUUAAAAAUAGCUCGGCGAAAACUACGAGUGUUCAGCUCAGGGAUUCAAACAAGGAAACACGUAAUGAUUUGAAUCGUGCCUCGUGUAAUCGCAAGUCUUCAGAUAUUUUCAACAUUCUACUGGAUGAAUCUAAAGCGUGUCCUACGCAAAACAAAGCCAUUUCUGCUAGACCAAGUACCACAGAGCUGUUGACGACCAGCCACAUCCAGGUUCCCGAACAGAAGAACAUAGUGAUGACGGCAUUCGCAAGUCCCAAUAUAACGCGGAACAAAUAUCGUGGGGUGGAUAACUUCAACCCGAACUCCUACACUAAUGGAUUGGUCGGUACACCAAAGACUGACGGCCCUGUAAUUACUACCGCCAGUCCAAUAGUGCGAGCAGUUUUACUCAAACAAAAUUCGGACAAACCUGUCAAGUUCGGUCGAAAUGGUCUUGUUAUGCCCGAGGAUGGCAGUGAUGUAACCAAUCACUACAUGGAACUGGUUAAUCUGGACUCUGCUGACCUUAUUGCCAAUGUUGACCCUUUCGAUUGUUCUAUUUGCUUUGGAAACAUCAAACAGUAUGAAGGAAUCAUACUACGCGACUGUUUGCACUCAUUCUGCAAGGAAUGUUUGGUGAAUACUAUCAAUUACAGUGAGGAAGCUGAGAUCAAGUGCCCAUUCAUGGACGACGUCUACAGUUGUGAGUGUAUCAUUCAGCAGCGAGAAAUUAAAGCACUGAUCACCAAGGAUAUGUACGAAGCUUACCUGGCGAAAUCAAUUCGUCAGGCUGAAAGUAGUUUAGACAACACCUUCCAUUGCAAAACCCCCAACUGUCGUGGAUGGUGCAUCUACGAGGACAAUGUGAAUCAGUUCAAAUGCCCCGUUUGCACUAUUGUGAAUUGUCUUACCUGCAGGGCAAUUCAUGAUGGGCUCGACUGUAAACAAUAUCAAGAUCGAAUGAGUAGCGACUGUGAUACGAACAUUGAAGCGAGACGAACCAAAGCCAUGCUACAGGAAAUGGUUGAUAAGGGAGACGCAAUAAUGUGUCCCACGUGUCAGGUUGUUAUGAUGAAGAAAUGGGGAUGCGAUUGGUUGAAGUGUAGCAUGUGCAAAACUGAAAUUUGCUGGGUGACACGAGGUCCACGGUGGGGUCCCGGCGGGAAAGGAGAUACAAGUGGUGGUUGCCGUUGUGGGGUUAACGGAAAAAAGUGCCAUCCAGAUUGCAACUACUGCCACUAGGAGGUUAAGUGAAGAAAUCAAAUUUGUUAGUGAAAAUAUGCCAAAGAGAACGUUCGCCUGAUUAUUAUUAAAUUUUUACACUACGUAUCGAGGAUGUUGAUUCAGAUUUCAUCGAAUUUAUUGAUAGGUUAAGCGGUAUAAUGCGAAAGAAAACCUGUGUAACAUGUAA